ACUGAUCUUGUACGUGCGAUUGCCCGGCUGAUUGAAUUCUACAAGCAUGAAAGUUGUGGACAGUGCACUCCAUGUAGAGAAGGUGUGAACUGGAUGAAUAAAAUGAUGUGGCGUUUUGUGAAAGGUGAUGCUCAAGUGGAUGAAAUUGACAUGCUUUGGGAGAUCAGUAAACAAAUUGAAGGACACACCAUCUGUGCCUUGGGAGAUGGAGCAGCUUGGCCAGUUCAGUGCCGAUUUGCUACACAGAGCACAUGCACAAAAAGGGUCACAAGAAAUUACAAGUGGAGGCAUUAUUUUGCUCAGAUGCUGGAGAAAGCCCUUGAUGUUUUCAAUUCUAUGCCAUCAAAUUCAUCAUUCUUGUUGAUUUAA